CGCGCACAUGGCCGCGCUGGGGCUGGGCGAGGUGCGGGAUGCGGAGCGGCGGCUGCGGGGCCGCGUCCAUCGCACCCCGCUGCUCACCUGCUCCGCGCUGGACCGCAUGGCCGGCAGGAGGCUGCUGUUCAAGUGCGAGCUCUUGCAGAAGACCGGAUCCUUCAAGAUCCGCGGUGCCCUGAACGCGGUGCGGAGCCUGGUGGAGGAGAGGCAGCGCACGGGCCGGGAGCUGCCCCGCGCUGUGGUGACACACAGCAGCGGCAAUCACGGCCAGGCACUGGCCUGUGCUGCCCAGGCAGAAGGGAUUCCUGCCUACAUCGUGGUGCCUCGGACUGCCCCACAGUGUAAGCAAGAUGCCAUUCGUGCCUAUGGUGCCACACUGGUGCCAUGUGACCCCAGUGACAAGUCCAGAGCUGAGACAGCAUCCAGUGUAGUCCAGGAGACAGGAGGAGUCCUGGUGCACCCCAACCAGGAGCCGGCAGUGAUUGCAGGGCAAGGCACCAUCGCCCUGGAGGUGCUGGAGCAGGCACCCCAGGUAAAUGCAGUGGUGGUUCCCGUUGGAGGUGGAGGAAUGGUUGCAGGAAUAGCAGUCGCUAUCAAGGCUUUGAGGCCAGAUGUGAAGGUGUUUGCUGCUGAGCCAAGCAACGUGGAUGACUGUUACCAGUCCAAGGUCCGAGGGGAGCUGACCCCCAACCUCCACCCGCGGGACACCAUCGCAGACGCAGUAAAAACCAGCAUCGGACCCAACACGUGGCCCAUCAUCAGGGAUUUGGUUGAUGAUGUCCUGACAGUCUCAGAGGAAGAAAUCAAGCGAGCCACGUGGCUGGUGUGGGAAAGGAUGAAGCUGCUGGUUGAGCCAACAGCAGGCGUGGGACUGGCGGCCGUGCUCUCGGAGCAGUUCCAGGCAGUCCCCCAGGACGUGCAGAACGUUUGCAUCGUGCUGUGUGGGGGAAACGUGGACCUGAGAUCCCUGACCUGGCUCACAGACCUCUCUGGGAAAGCAGAAUGAGGAUGGAGCGGCGUGUCAUGGA